GUGUAAAAGGGUCCCCUUUUUUCACAUAUGUCUUCUCAUGAAUCGUGCUAUCAUAACUGUCACUAUAAUCUCAGGUUAAUAAAUGUUUUAAAAUAAGUCAAUCAGUUAAUGACGAACAAUAAAAAUGGGGACACAACAGUUUUGUCUGAAAUGGAACAAUCAUCAAGUGAAUAUGGUGACAGUUUUCGACCAGUUACUCUCUAGUGAAGCUUUAGUAGAUGUAACUUUAGCAUGUGAAGGUUUGAGCCUGAAAGCUCAUAAAAUAAUACUUUCUGCUUGUAGUCCAUUUUUUCAAAGUUUGUUUUUAGAAAAUCCUUGUAAACAUCCCAUUGUUAUUUUAAAAGAUAUGAAAUAUGCAGAACUGAAAGCUAUAGUGGAAUUUAUUUAUAGAGGUGAAGUUAAUGUUUCUCAUGAUCAGUUAUCUGCACUUCUUAAAACUGCAGAAAUGCUAAACAUUAGAGGAUUAGCAGAAGUUGCAAGUGACAGCAAGAACAAAGAUUUAGAAAAAGACUUACAAAAAGAAGUUGUGCAACAACAGCCAGUCAAUACAACAGUUUCUUCUGUUCCUGUGGACCAAGUACCUAGUAGGCCAACAUUAACUUCAGCAACUAAAAGAAAAAGAAAUAGGAUAAGAAGAAGAUCUUCGAGUGAUUCAAAUUCCAGUGAUGAAGAUGUGCCAUCUAAAAUUAAAGAACCAGAAUCUCCUGAAAUAAUUGAAGAAAUAUUACCUGAAUCAGUUAAUGACAGUCAUAAACAGCUAUCAGUGUCUACAAAUUCACAAUAUCCAGUUUCUUCAUGUCAGUCUCAAGACACAUUAUCACAACAAAAAACUCAAUCAUCAUCUGUUCUUUCACAACAUAAUACAUAUAUCAAUGUUGAUGAACCUUGUUUAGGUAAUGAUAGGAAUUAUGUUGAUUCUUCAAAUUUAUUGGAACAACUUAUGACAACUGAACCUAUGCCAGUUUUUAGAGAAAAUCAUUCACAAAGUUCUAACAGAACUCCAAUAUCUUCACAAAUAACUAUCCCAACUUGUGGAUUAACAGACAGUCAUUCAGUUCACAUAGGCCCAUCUUCAAAUGAAAGUCAGAUUUUAGCAUCAUGUUCCACACCAUCUGAAGCAUCUACAUCUAACUGUCUUUCACAAGAUAUACAAGAUGUGAAACCAGUUUCCAUGUUGACAUUUGAAGAACCAUCAAUAUCUCCUGCAGCCAGUAUAUCAAACAAAGAUAGCAGUAAUUCAAUGCCACUCUAUGUAGAUAACUCAGGAAUAUCUUCAUUACCUGGUCCAAGUAAUUAUCAGUUAGAUAAACAGUCAUCUCAAUUAACACAUCAACCACAGUCACAUGUCGAAUCAAUGGAUUGUUCGAGAGGUUUGGAUCGGACUGGAGAAACAACUGUAAAGUGUAGUAUAUGUGACAUGUUAUUCAAAUCAAAACAGGGGUUGAAUUUACAUCUCAGACGAAGUCAUCAGAUUAAAGGAAAGUAUCAGUGCGAUAUUUGUACACGUUCUUAUAGUCAGAGAUGUGAUUUAUAUAGUCAUAGAAAGAUUCACGGUGGUAUUUCUCAUCAUUCAUGUGCGGUUUGUUCCAAAAAAUUUAUUUAUCUUUCUGCUCUCAGACGUCAUUUACGAAUGAAGCAUUGAACAGUAUUUUAGAAAGAAGAUUAAGAAUAGUAUACAAAAAAGGAGAAUCUAUAAUAGUUAAUAAUUUUAUU